AUACUCUUGGACGACAACGAGGAUGUUGUGGACAUCAGUGGAUGGGAGGAUUUCGAACAUGGUUCGAUUCUAAGAGCAUCCACAGACUGGAUCGAGCAUCGGGAUGCCCACGGACUCGAGAAAUUUGAGCCUGCGAAGAAUGUCGAAAUCAUAUCCCUCGCACGACACGAGUUCGAUGAUAAUGUACGUCAUAAUAUGCAUGGUGAAUUGAUUCAAGUUAACCUCUCCUCCCAGUCAACGAAAUCUUCCAUAUUACCAGUCAUUCAGUCGCCAUUUCACUCAGUAUCUGAAUUAAUUGAUCCCCGAUGCCAGGCAUCCGCCGCUCUGGCUAACUUAAUUGCAUCACCGUGGUCACCAUUGCACACCGCACUCAUUAUCCUAUCCAACUCAGGCCCAUCCACUUCGGAGGACGGCCCCAUCGACUUACUUACUCCACAUAUACCUGUCAUACUCAUGCGGCAUGGCCCAGAUCAUACGCAUUUCCCUUCGCGCCCCCACAUGUCUUCAUUUAGGCCACGUUCAGCAGCUGCUCUUCGGAAUGGCCUUUUCCGCUCACCAGAGACGCUUUCCUCACUACGUUAUGAAGCGGCAGAGCGCUUCCUUCGCUGGCGUGAAGUCGAGUGCGCUGUAGAAGGAAUCAACGCCUCCCAUCGAGAAACUAUUUCCUUGUCCUCCAAUGAACCUUUAUGGAACAAGGCGAAAUGGGAAGCAGAAUGGGAAUCUCGAUUGUCCCAGGAUGUUGCUAUUUCUUGCGAGCGCGAAGACCCUGUAAGGGUUCCAGCGCAGCAGUGCUUUGAUCCACUACACUUAUCAUCACUAGUUUCGUUCUCUUUGUGCCUCCUUGAUCCUGCGACGAGAUUGCUCAGUAGGAGCGUUUCUACGUUUGUCGAUAAGUUGGCAGACAACCAAGUCAGGAUAGCAAUGGUGGGCAGUUUGUGUUUGGGAAUUGGGAUCGGGAUGAUGAUACGAUGA